AUGGCCACGACGCUGUUGCUGCUUCUCGGAGCCUUUUCUGGCGCGGUCUCAGUCGACUUUCAGACGCAGGAAUGGACAUACAACGCAUCACUCUUCUGGACAGAAGGCGCCCUCAUUGACGAGAGGAACGGGCAUGCUGUGGUUCAAAUCGCAGGUCUUCUCACGGAUCUUGUAUUUGAUGUGAAGGACUUGGUAGUCGUGGCUUGCACGCCAGACAGUCAGCAAGAGGGAUACCCUUCCUGUGAAGAGCCAGGAUGGUGCUACUUGCCACAAGUACUGGAUAACUUAAACCUUCUUGGAGCUCGGGCGUCAGAAGCCAUGCAGGCUGUGGCUCCCAAGCUGACGCCAGCCCUCGAGGCCAUAAGCUUGAGUCUUGCGGACAAGGUCAACAACCUUACAAAAACAGUUCCUGCCUGUGCAGCCAUGGCGGAGAUCAUGGAGGAUCUUUGCUUGCCCUGCGUUCUAGAGGUUCUCAGAUGCUUGAAGGGGAUUUCGGAGCUGUCGCGGCUGGCCAUGUCCCGGAUCCACGCAGCACAGGUCGCAGCUUCGUUUCCGGGCAGGCUGCGGACUGCACAGCCGCCAGUUGUGUUCGAGGGAACGCGCGGUUCCCAGUACCCACAGGUCUUAGCUUCGCUGCUCCGCGACCUGUCAGAUCGAAAGGAAGACAGCAUCGUGACAGCGGCGGAAAUCGGUGUUCACACAGGGAAGACCUCUAGCUUCCUGCUGGAAAAGCUCCCAAAGCUUGAGAUGAUCCUCGUUGACCCCUUUGAAUUUGCAGAUGAAACCUACUUCGAAGUAUACACCUUGUACAGGGAUCGUGAAGAUGCAGCGCAGACCUUUGAGACCUUCUGGAGCCGUUUGCAACCAUACCGGAAUCGGAGUGUCGUCAUUAUGCAGCGGAGUCCCGGUGCUGCACGAUGGGUACCAGAUGCUUUCCUGGAUUUGAUUUUCAUCGAUGGUUUUCAUGCCUACGACCCUUUGAAAGCAGACAUUGCAGCUUGGCUGCCGAAGCUGCGAAGUCCAGGAAUUUUGGCUGGGCACGACUACGGCUUGUUUUGGCCCGGAGUUUGCGAUGCGGUUCAUGAGUUUGCAGCUUCUAGUGAGAGCUCUCUAGCACUUGGCCCUGAAGGCAUGUGGUGGUUCGAGGUGUAA